AUGGAGUGCGACCUCAUGGAGACUGACAUCUUGGAGUCGCUGGAGGACCUCGGUUACAAGGGUCCAUUGUUAGAAGAUGGCGCUCUGUCUCAGGCGGUCUCUGCUGGAGCCAGUUCCCCUGAGUUUACCAAACUCUGUGCUUGGCUGGUGUCUGAAUUAAGAGUGCUCUGUAAACUGGAAGAAAAUGUGCAAGCAACUAACAGCCCGAAUGAAGCUGAAGAAUUCCAACUUGAGGUGAGUGGGCUACUAGGGGAGAUGAACUGUCCAUAUCCUUCACUGACAUCUGGGGACGUGACCAAGCGCCUUCUCGUUCAGAAGAACUGCCUCCUCCUGCUCACAUACCUCAUCUCAGAACUAGAAGCUGCCAGAAUGCUCUGUGUGAAUACUCCUCCAAAAAAAGCUCAAGAAGGAGGCGGUAGUGAGGUCUUUCAAGAGUUGAAAGGCAUAUGUAUUGCUCUAGGAAUGUCCAAACCUCCAGCCAAUAUAACUAUGUUCCAAUUCUUCAGCGGGAUUGAAAAAAAAUUAAAGGAAACAUUAGCAAAAGUUCCACCUAAUCAUGUGGGAAAGCCUUUAUUGAAGAAGUCAUUGGGACCGGCCCACUGGGAAAAGAUAGAAGCAAUUAACCAAGCCAUAGCCAAUGAGUAUGAAGUUCGGAGAAAGCUGCUAAUAAAACGUUUGGAUGUCACUGUCCAGUCUUUUGGUUGGUCUGACCGAGCUAAGAGUCACACAGAGAAAUUAGCAAAGGUUUACCAGCCGAAACGUUCAGUCUUAUCUUCCAAAAGUACUAUUUCUGUUGCUCACCUUUUGGCUGCAAGACAAGACCUGUCAAAGAUUCUAAGGACAAGCAGUGGCUCUGUAAGAGAAAAGUCUGCCUGUGCCAUCAAUAAGGUGUUGAUGGGCCGGGUGCCUGACAGAGGCGGCAGACCCAAUGAGAUUGAGCCCCCGCCCCCGGAGAUGCCGCCGUGGCAGAAAAGGCAGGAUGGCCCCCAGCAGCAAGGAGGAGGCCGAGGCGGAGGGAGAGGCGGCUACGAACAUUCCUCAUAUGGAGGACGGGGCGGUCAUGAACAAGGAGGGAGAGGUGGACGUGGUGGCUACGACCGCGGUGGCUACGACCACGGUGGCCGAGGGGGAGGAAGAGGAAAUAAGCACCAAGGAGGCUGGACAGAUGGAGGGAGUGGAGGAGGAGGUGGAGGUGGCUACCAAGAUGGUGGCUAUCGAGAUUCGGGCUUCCAGCCAGGUGGCUACCAUGGUGGCCACGGCGGUGGCUAUCAGGGUGGCGGUUACAGUGGCUUCCAGACAACUACUUACACAGCAAGUGGAUACCAGGGUGGUGGAUACCAGCAGGACAAUAGAUACCAAGAUGGCGGGCACCAUGGCGAUCGAGGCAGUGGGCGUGGGGGGAGAGGCGGGCGCGGAGGCCGAGGUGGGCGCGGAGGCCAGGGAGGAGGUUGGGGAGGAAGGGGGAGCCAGAAUUAUCACCAAGGGGGGCAGUUUGAACAGCACUUCCAGCACGGAGGCUAUCAGUAUAAUCACUCUGGAUUUGGACAAGGAAGACAUUACACUAGUUGA